GUGGUUGUAGAGCCGAUAAACCGGCCAAACCCAAGCUCCAAGGCAAGCCCACCUUCCCACCUACCGUGCACUUGGCUGCCUUCGACCCCAGCCCGGUCCAGAGUCGGCCCCCUCCUUGGCCCAUUACCACGGCCGGUCCAGCUUCUGCGACCCCUCCCUGGGCUCAGGCAUUACUGCGCUCGGAAACACAACACCCACUCCCCAAGAUCAUCACGAUCGCUCGUGUUUCACUCCCCUUCAACCUCUCUUUCCUGCAAAAGUCAAUCUUCCUAAAUUACUCGUCUCUCUCCUAAUCUGUCCUCCCCAUUUUCGCGAGGAACAACAACAAGAAAAAAAUCAUUUUCAAAUUCUCACCACUGCAAAGAAAGCGAAAGAAAAUCAGUGCUCACUCCUCCAACUACUUUACCCUUUAACGUCUCUCUUCGUAUGUAUCGUUCUCCUCGGAUAAAUCUUCCCCCCUCGAUCGUUAACACCCCGCAUUCGAAAAUUUUCAUGAUUGGCUUCGUCAAUCUUUUCGGGGUUCCAUUAAACCCUAAAAUUAUUCCUUUUUAAAUUCAUAAUAUUUCUCCCUUUUCCUCUUUUUCCUGCAAUUGCGGAUCUUGGCUUUUUUUCGCUGCGAUUCUGUUCGAGUUUUUGAAGUUUGAGUUGAUUUUAAAUGUGAAUUGUAAUUUUUUAUUUGAGUGUUCUGUUGUUCUCUAAUUCUCCGUUCAAAGCGUCUGUUUGGCUGCUGAGAAAGCACUUGGAAAAUUUAGAAAUUUGAAUAUCUUAUAUUUUACCUUGGUUUUCGUUCUAAGGCAAAAAUUCGCAUUGGGCUCUGCUUAGUAAGUAUUCUGGUAUUUUGCUCGGUCUGUAGCAGCGAAAAAAUACUGGCCCCGUGUGUCGGUGAGAUACUGGCAGUUUAUAAUUCAAACAUUGAUGGGUAUAUGGUGAAAGUCGCUCGACGCCAUAAGCUGAUUCCGCGCCUUGAAUCAUUUGACAUUCAUACAUAAACAUAAGGAAUGAUGGAUGACAUCCAUGGUAGUGAUGCUCGACUUCGUGUGACGGAUGCUCGUGAGCAGCAUCCGAUUCACCAUGUGCAUUAUAUGCCAACGCAUGAUCAUGGUUUGCACAAUAUAAGCAAUGGCAGUGGGAUGGAUGAUGAUCAUGAUGAUGGAGGUGGGGGAGGUGAAGGUAUGGAAGGGGACAUGCCCACGGAUCCUGGAAAUUUAUCUGAUAAUCAUGGCGCACUUGUGGCUCGCGGCGAAGACAGUGGGAACCAGCUUACGCUAUCAUUCCAGGGUCAGGUUUAUGUGUUUGAUUCUGUGACGCCCGAGAAGGUUCAAGCCGUACUUUUAUUACUGGGAGGACGUGAAGUACCUCCUAGCAUGCCUACCAUGCCAGUAACCCCAAACCAUAGCAAUAGGGGAGUAUCUUCUACUCCUCAACGGUUCAGUGUCCCUCAGAGAUUGGCAUCAUUGAUUAGAUUCCGUGAAAAGAGAAAAGAACGUAAUUUUGACAAAAAAAUCCGCUAUAGUGUCCGCAAAGAGGUAGCACUUAGGAUGCAACGAAAUAAGGGCCAGUUUACAUCUUCAAAGUCCUGUAAUGAUGAUUCUGCAUCACCUGUAACUGGUUGGGACUCAAGCCAGAGCUGGGUUUUGGAUGGUAAUGGAUCUCAACAUCAAGAGAUUGUUUGUCGGCACUGUGGCAUCAAUGAGAAAUCUACCCCAAUGAUGCGUCGUGGACCUGAUGGACCAAGGACCCUUUGCAAUGCAUGCGGACUUAUGUGGGCAAACAAGGGAACUCUAAGAGACCUCUCUAAGGCAUCACAGCAAUCUGGACAGAAUCCUUCCUUGAACCAGAAUGAGGAGAAUGGAAAUCUUGAUGCUGAUCAAAUGGUUCUCAGAAUUGCUGGAAAUAUUAGCGAUUCCUCAUAAUGGCCCUUUUUGCGAUUUUAGGAUAGUAAACCAACAGAAUUUGAGUGCUAGAGGACUGUUUAUCUUAGCUCCCCUCUCGCAUAAACCUUAAAAAUUAGCAAUACUUAUCCCCCUCAUUGUCAAAACUUUUAUGUUGACAAGAGAUCUGUGUAACUGAAUUUAUUUUAUGUUAUAGGUUGUCUUUUCACCCAAAAAUAGUUGGUAUCUGUGAUCUUUGAUGUACCUUGAAUGGAAUAUUUUGUUUCUGUACUCGAAAGAAAAUAAAAAAUCGUCAGAUGUCGGUCUGUGCAUUGACACUGUUGAGCACUUAAGUCUUGGAGCUU